AUGACAGAGAAAGCCGCCUCGGAGGCCCCCACCUGUGGUCCGGAGGAGACCUCCUCUGAGCUGGCCAAGGCGCCCACCACAGAGCCCUCUGCAGAAGCGGCAGCCCUGGAGUCCGCCGGGGAAGAGCGGGCUCCCACGCCACAGGCGCCUGCCCCCACAGCCCCUGCGGCCCCCGCAGCCACUAAACCUGCCCCUGCAAGCGAAGAUGGGCCCAGUGCCCCGCUGCGGCUGGCCUUGGAGGAUGUGAGCGACAGCUCGGUGACCGUGAGCUGGGAGCCACCGGAGAGGCUAGGGAGGCUGGGGCUCCAGGGCUAUGUGCUGGAGCUCUGCAGAGAAGGAGGCUCAGAGUGGGUGCCUGUGAACGCCCGGCCCCUGAUGGUGACCCAGCUGACCAUGCGGAACCUGGCUCUGGGGGACAAGUUCUUCCUGCGUGUGGCUGCAGUGAGCUCUGCAGGGGCUGGCCCACCAGCUGUGCUAGAACAGCCUGUCCACAUCCAGAAGAUCAUCGAGGCCCCCAAGAUCCGAGUCCCCCGCCACCUUCGUCAGACCUACAUCCGCCAGGUGGGAGAGCCAGUCAACCUGCAAAUCCCCUUCCAGGGGAGUCCCAAGCCUCAGGCCUCUUGGACCCAUAACGGCCACGCCCUGGACAGCCAGCGAGUGAACGUGCGCACCGGGGACCAGGACUCCAUCCUCUUCAUCCGCUCGGCCAGGCGCUCUGACUCAGGCUGCUAUGAGCUCACUGUGCGUCUGGAAGGCUUGGAGGCCAAGGCAGCCAUCGACAUCCUGGUGAUUGAGAAACCUGGACCCCCCAGCAGCAUCCGGCUACUGGACGUCUGGGGCUGCAACGCUGCUCUUGAGUGGACACUGCCCCAGGACACAGGCAACACAGAGCUCCUGGGCUACACAGUGCAGAAGGCAGACAAAAAGACAGGGCAAUGGUUCACGGUCCUGGAGCGCUACCACCCAACCACCUGCACCAUCUCUGACCUCAUCGUGGGAAACGCUUACUCCUUUCGGGUCUUCUCGGAGAACCAGUGUGGGCUCAGUGCCUCGGCCGCGACCACCAAGGAGCUAGCCCGCAUCCAGAAGGCAGAUAUUGUUGCCAAACCUAAAGGGUUUGUGGAGCGAGACUUCUCAGAAGCCCCCUCAUUUACCCAGCCCCUGGCUGACCACACCUCCACUCCUGGCUACAGCACUCAGCUCUUCUGCAGUGUCCGAGCAUCGCCCAAGCCCAAGAUCAUCUGGAUGAAAAACAAGAUGAACAUCCAGGGUGACCCCAAAUACCGUGCCCUCUCUGAGCAAGGCAUCUGCACCCUGGAGAUCCGGAAGCCCAGCCCCUUUGAUUCUGGGGUCUACACCUGCAAGGCUGUCAAUGUGCUAGGGGAGGCAUCCGUGGACUGCCGGCUGGAGGUCAAAGGGAAAGGUACGAGGAACGUCCUUCUCCAGGGACCAUCCCUUAAUAGAAGCCACCUCUUCUCCUGCCCGACUAGAUGA